CUCCCUCACAAUACUCCUUUGCCUCUCUCUCUCUCUUCUUUUCUCCAUUUCUCUCUCUAGAAAAACCCAUUUCUCUCUUCUCUUCUCAUCUCGAACUCGAUUCAAUCAAAACCAAAACUCUAAAUUGGAAGAAAAAUCUACAUAAACUGAGAUGGGAUUACAAAGCCAAUUAAACGACGUGUCGUCUGAUUCGAUCCCACUCCUGGUGGUGGCCCUCAUCGCCGGUUGCGUCAGUCACGUUCGCUCCGCCGUCUUGGGCCUCGUCCAUUUCCUGGGCCUCUCCCGAUUUGGGCCCGACCCAGUCGACGACGGCGCCAGCGGCUUUUUGGGAGCCGUGGGCUCCGGACUCGCCGGCUUAAUCGUCCUAGCCAACCAGCUCAACCUCAACCGCGCCUACUCCUACCCUUACCGCUCCGACGCCUCCUGCGGUGGAGGCUCCGAUUGUGUGGUCUGCAUGUCCACCUUAAGGACUGGGGAACAGGUACGCAAGCUCUCCUGCCGCCACGUGUUCCACAAGAAUUGCUUCGAUGGAUGGCUCGAACAUCUCAAUUUCAAUUGCCCUCUCUGCCGUUCGCCGCUCCAUGAAGCCAACUUCGACGAGAGCGUGGCGCUCACGCGUCGCCGGCGCGUCGGCGCCGAUCUCGUCUCGUGGUUUUCUCAUCGGUGAAGUGUCGUAUCCGACGGUCAGGAUCGAUCGAUCGCCGCCAGCCUCCGAUUAUAAUGAUGUGCUGGUGCUUUUUUUUUUGGGUAGAUUUACAAUUUUCCUACUUUUUUUUUAUAAUUACUUUUUAGGUUUAUGGCAGUUUUGACUGAGGGCUUUUUUUCUUUGCCACUUUUUAUUUUUAAUUUUCUUUUUAACAUUUUUCUUUAAUUUUUUUUUUUUUUUUAAAGAGCUCGUUGUGGAGUUUUUUUUUUCAGACUGCCUGUAAAUUUGUCCCUUUUUUUUUCUUUCAUAUAGAAUAAUAAGAAAGAGGGAUCUCUUUGUAAAAAAAAAAAGAUAGUAAAUUAGUUUUCGUUUUAUUUUGUUAUUAGUAUUUAGUUGUAAUUAUGUUAACUAAUAUUAAUAAUUAUAAAAAGUGCUUCUUAGUA